AAAAGUUCUCCCAUUUUUCAGAAUCACUGCCUCCACUUCCACGAUGCAACACUCUCAACAAUUUUAAAAGCUCUCACCUUUCAAGCUUUCACCAUUCGCCUAUGUCUUCUUUCUAUUCAAUGACGAUGCCAAGUAACUCGUUUUUCUUCUAAACCCUUUUUCUCACAUAGCUCUAACACUGUUAUUUUGUUAUUUGUUUUGUUUCAUACACAACUCAAGUGGUGUGUUAUUGCUUUUUGAGAUUGUUUUGAAAGCAUUAAGAGAGUUUAGUUUGAGCAUAAUGUCUACUGAGGAAAUUUUAAGGCAGAGACUUAGAAGAAAGCCUAGAGUUGGUGUAAGAAUUUCUAGGAAUUCAUUGAGAACUAGUGAGGAUGGAAAUGGUUUUAACAAGGGUGAGGGUUUUGAUGGAGAAAAUGGGUAUAAGGGGAAUUUGAAGAAAAGGGUGAACUUUAGAGGAAUGCAAUCAGGUGAAGAAAGGAGUAGUGGGAAAAUUGAUGAUAGAGAAAAUGGGUAUAAGGGGAAGUUGAGGAAAAAUGUGAACUUUAGGGGAAUGGAAUCAGGUGAAGAAAGGGGUGGAGGGAAGUUUCAUGAUAGAGGGAAUUUGAGAACUCGAAAGGGAAAGGGUGAAGGUCGUUUUAACAAUGAAGAAGGUUUUGAUAGGGAAAAUGGGUAUAAGGGGAGGAUGAAGAAAAAUGUGAACUCUAGAGGAACGGAAUUUGGUGAAGAAAGGAGGGGUGAGAAGUUUUAUGAGAGAAGAAAGUUGAGAACUUCUAGGGAUUUGUCGAGAACUAGAAAUGAUGAACAUGGUUUUAACAAUGAUGAGGGUUUUGAUAGGGAAAAUGGGUAUAAAGGGAAGUUUAAGAAAAAUGCAAACUUUAGAGAAAUGGAAUCAGGUGAAGAAAGGAGUGGUGAGAAGUUUUAUGAGAAACGGAAGUUGAAUACUUUGGAUUCUUUUGGGAGGAAGAAGAGAGUAUAUGCUAAGGAAGGAGUGGAUGAAAGCGGCGAGAUAUGGAGUGGCGUAGAAGUAUCCAAGAAGAAAAUUUUGUUUAAGAAAAGGGAGAAGAAGGUGAGAGAUGAAACCGCGGAAGAGAAAAUUGUGGAAGAGAAAAUCGAUGAUGAGCGUACAAUAUGGGAUUUCAGUAAAUUGAAAAAGGCGAAAUCCAAAGACAAGCUUUCUAAUAAAAGUUUGAAGGACAAGAAAGAAAUUGAUGGGAUCGAUGAUAGUGGAAGUAAGUUGAAGAAGAAGAAUGGAGAAAAGAAAACUGAGUUUAGCUAUGGGAAAAUCGAAGAAACUGUAUCUCCUUCAAGUUCUGACAUGAAGGAACCAGGGUUGGAUGAUGAUGCCAAGAAACCAGAAGAUCGCCGAUACAAGAAAAAGAAAAGGGUGAUAAGGAUUGAUCCAUAUGAUAUUUCAAACAAGAGACUAGAUGAUGCCAUUGGUGUUGAUGGAAAUAAAGAAGAGAAGAAAAAAGAUUCUGAGAAAGAGCCCGAAAUGUCACUGAACGCCCAAUUCCGUGCAAUACGGCCGAGCCCUUCAAUACUUACCUUUGUGGAAAAAAAUCUGUUGGGCAGGAGGCGCAUGGUUGAUAUAAAAAGGGCAGGCUACAACAUAGAACUUCCUUCACCAUUAGAUAAUAUUCCCUUCUCUAAAAGUUCUGAAAGAGAGAAUAUUGAAGAAAAUGUUUUCAGGAACAGAUUGGAAUUUUUCGCUGCUGCAAAGGUUUCAUCAUCAUUUCCACCUCCUAAUCUUCCAGAGAUUGCAUUUGCAGGAAAAUCAAAUGUCGGUAAAUCGUCUCUUCUUAAUGCACUCACUAGGCAAUGGGGGGUUGUACGGACCUCGGACAAGCCUGGCCAUACACAGACAAUUAACUUCUUCAGCUUGGGAACAAAGCUUAGCUUAGUUGAUUUGCCGGGAUAUGGAUUUGCGUAUGCAAAAGACGAAGUGAAAGAAGCUUGGGAGGACCUUGUAAAGGAGUAUGUCUCAACACGAGUUGGUCUGAAACAAGUAUGCCUUCUGAUUGAUACAAAAUGGGGCAUGAAACCAAGAGAUCAUGAACUGAUUGAACUAAUGGAAAGAUCAAAAACUAAAUACCAGAUAGUAUUAACUAAGACAGACACAGUUUUCCCAAUCGAUGUUGCUCGACGCGCCAUGCAAAUCGAAGAGAGUCUCUUGCCGAACAAGUCUGUAAUUCAACCUCUGAUGAUGGCGAGCUCGAAAUCUGGAGCAGGCAUCAGAAGCUUGAGAACUGUUCUUGCCAACGUAGCUCGAUUUGUCAAAAUAUAAAAAACAAAGGAUAUAAGUUUUUUUUUCUAUUUGUUUUGCAAGUUUUUAUGCUCAUUGCGACAUGUAAAUAAUAAAUUAAACAUGUUUAUUGGUAAAAUGUAACACAGCACACUUUGACAUUUUGAGUACUUGGAUGUAACAUUUGUGCCUUCAAAUGAAGUUGAGUUUAUUCGGUUGGAUCAGUGGUGAACUCUAAAUUCUUAGGAGAUCUGGUACAGUUUGUUUUGUCUUUGUUAGUUUGAAUUCUUUUAUGGCUUAAAUUUGUUUGUUUGGUGGUGUU